UUGACGUCUCUCUGGUCGCCGUUCAAGGCGGCUCAGAAGACUUCUUUGUCAUCUCUCUAUCUAUUACAAUCUCUAAUGGCGGCUCGUUUUUUUUCUUCGCCCUUAUUCUGUUUAAGUUCGUUUUAGACUUACCCGGGGUGCUUGUCGGGUGAUGGACGAACCGAACCAGCUGAAACGGGCCUUCAUAGAUGCCGCCGCUGGUGCAAUUGCUGGGGGUAUUUCUCGGACAGUCACGUCGCCACUGGACGUUAUAAAAAUCAGAUUUCAGGUUCAGCUGGAGCCUACUACUUCAUGGGCUUUGGUUCGUAGAAAUUUGUAUGGAACAUCUAAGUAUACUGGUAUCUCGCAAGCAGCUAAGGACAUAUUUAGAGAGGAAGGCUUACAGGGUUUUUGGCGAGGUAAUGUACCGGCACUACUUAUGGUCAUGCCGUACACAGCUAUACAAUUUAUGGUGUUACAUAAAUUGAAGACUUUUGCAUCAGGUUCAUCCAAGACAGAGGAUCACAUUCAUUUGAGUCCUUAUUGGUCUUAUUUAAGUGGAGCAUUAGCAGGAUGUGCUGCAACUGUUGGAUCAUAUCCAUUUGAUCUUCUGCGUACAAUUUUAGCGUCUCAGGGAGAGCCAAAGGUAUAUUCUACGAUGAGGUCAGCAUUUAUUGACAUAGUCAGAACCCGUGGCGUUCGAGGAUUGUAUGCUGGGUUGUCACCUACACUGGUUGAGAUCAUUCCUUAUGCUGGCUUGCAAUUCGGUACCUAUGAUACAUUCAAACGCUGGACUAUGGCUUUGAACAGGUACAGAUCCUCUCGUGUAAAUUCAGCCUCUAAAGAUGAAAGCAUCUCAAGCUUCCAGCUCUUCGUCUGUGGGUUAGCAGCUGGAACAUGUGCCAAAGCUGUCUGUCACCCACUUGAUGUGGUUAAGAAAAGAUUCCAGAUUGAAGGACUACAGAGGCAUCCAAAAUACGGGGCACGAGUUGAGCCACAAGCCUACAGAAAUAUGUAUGAUGCCCUGCGCCGGAUCGUGCAGAUGGAGGGCUGGGCUGGCCUUUACAAAGGCAUUGUUCCAUCCAUUAUCAAAGCUGCCCCAGCAGGUGCAGUAACGUUUGUUACAUAUGAGUGCACAUCAGAUUGGUUAGAGUCCAUCUUGACAUGACUAACCCCCCCCCCCCCCCCCCUCCCCCCUCCCCCCUCCCCCCUCCCACAAA